AUGUACUUUGCCGUUAGAGAGCUAGAUGGACAUUCGGGUCUGAUCGCUUUCUACCUGUACUGCGAUCUCGACACCCCGAAGAGGAAGAGAAGAGGACGUGGAAAGAGGAGACGUGCGCCAGGGGCGACACAGGGGGAACCAAACCUGGCGGCUCAACCGCCAGCGGCGGUUCCAUCUGCGCCCCCUCCAUCUACUCAGCGGAAGGAGACCAGCUCGCCACAGGCGAACAAGUCAACGGACGUGACCAGCGGAACACUGGACACUGCCAUGUACCAGUCACCACCGCGACGGCCCACUUCUACUCCCAAGCCAACUCCGGUGAAGCGGUUAACUUUACCUACCGCUCCCGUUGAGUCGGCAAUGGAUACAGUUGUUGCUACGGCUGCUAAGCGGAAAGCCGUCACACCACCAGACGACCACCCUGCUAAGUCGAAGCCGCCUGUUCCAACAAUCCCCCCGCCUGCAGAGGAGGACGUAGACCCGUGGGAGUUGGCCUUGGGGAAACUCAAGAGACAAUUCCGGGACUACGUCCAAGGGGAUACAACAGACACGAAGAAGUUGAGAGGCCGGUACAGCAACCAGAAUUGA